AUGCCUAAUGCUGCUGCACUUUCACUGCCAUAUGAGGAAGCAUCCGGAAAGGUGGAGCUGGCGCGCCAGCACGGCUACGCGGCCGAGGAGCACCGCGCGGUGACGGCGGACGGCCACGUGCUGGCGCUGCACCGCAUCCUGCCGCGCCAGUCCGCUGGCGCCACUGCCGCCCCCGUCGUCCUGCUGCAGCACGGGGUGCUCGCCAGUUCGCUGGACUGGGUCAUCGCCGGACCGGACACCGGCCUGGCAGGGUACCGGCUGUCCGACGCCGGCUACGACGUCUGGAUGGGAAACCUGCGCGGCAACGUCUUCUCCAAGGAGCACCUCACGCUGUCCACCAGCGAUCAGGCGUACUGGAACUACAGCUGGCACGAGGAGGGCCUGCUGGACAUCCCCGCUCUGGUGGAGGCGGCGCUGAACGCUACUGGCGCGCCGCGGCUGGCGCUCGUCGGGCACUCGAUGGGCGCCACGGCGGCGCUGGCGGCGCUGGCGCUGCGGCCGCGGCUGGCGCGCCACCUGCACCCGCUCGUGCUGCUGGCGCCAGUCGCUCGCCUCAAGCGCUCCACCAGCAUCUUCACCGGCACGGCCGCGCUCUGGCCGCUCCUCAUGACGGCGUCACGUAUGGGCGGCGUGUGGGCAUUCCCUCCGGACGCGGGGGCGGUGCGGUCGCGGAUGUCUGCGCUGUGCCGGUCGCCGAUCGUGGGGCGAGCACUGUGCGCCCGCUUCCUCGACACCGUCGCCGGAUACACCGCCAACCUCAACAUGACUCUCUUGCCUGAGCUGUUUGCCCAUUAUCCAACGCAGACGUCCAUCAAGACCAUGUGCCACUUUAUGCAGCUCAUGGCGUCAGGCCGCUUCAGCAUGUUCGACCACGGUGCCGAAGAGAACCAGAGGGUGUACGGCAGCGCGCAGCCCCCGGAGUACCCGUUGCACAGGGUGGCGGCGCACACCGCCGUCUUCUACGGGGACAGCGACCCCUUCACCACCGCCGAGGAUAUGCGAUGGUUGGCGGGUCGGCUUCCGAAGCUGAUGGGCAGCUACCAGAUACCAACCAAGUCGUUCAGCCACCUCAGCUUUCUCUGGUCCACAGACGUCGUCGAUGCCCUCUACGACCCGCUGAUCAACUUCCUUAAUUACGUCCUCGACCAUAACUGCUGCUGAAGUCACCGCACAAACGCCCCGUUAUAGGGCACGCCAUUUACCCUCAAGGGAAGCCAGUGUUGCUGAAUGAAAUCUCAUCUACGAACUUACCGACCGCGCGCAAUAUGUUGGUUUACUUUGUACGUCUAGACAUGAAUAUUUAAAGCAACAUCUUCCAAUGAAUGUCAGCAAGCCUGUUACGUGAAAGCGUGUUUAUUUUCAAAAAUGAACAGAUCGUCCUUUAUUUCGUUUUAUUUUCUUUUUUCUUCUUUCUUUUUUAACGGAAAUUAUCUUUCUAGAAGUUUCUGUAAAUUCAGCUGUUUCUGCUUUCCCGUGAUCCAUUAUUUAUUGCUGCACAAAAAAUAUUGUUACUGCACUAAGUGGAGGAAGCACUAGAAGCAAAUUAUUUACAAAAAUUCCUAGUCUGUUUUCCUAGAUAUUUACUCGUAUUCAGGUAUUUCUUGCUGUGGAAGUUCACAUUCAGUCCAACAAAGAAUCGUCAGCAUAACUGCGUUGCACGAGUGACUGUGAAGCAAGCAAAGACAGAAAAGAGUAGGGACUGGUACAUAAUUCUGAAAAUGGUGAGUCUCCUGGGAAUAUGCAACAGUUUAAUAGGUAUCCGUUUUUCAGAAGCAAAUAUAAUGAUGCGGAUUCUGUUCUAACGUACUGUGAUUUCUGCGAAUCUUGAUCUCAUUAACGUGUUUGGUAAUCAGACCUUCCAAUUACUGAAUUUCACUCUUUCAUAUGUCUAAACAGUCGCAUAUUAUUAAUUAUUUUGUGGCAUCGACUACUGAAGACAACCGUGAUGUCAUAGCGAGGAAGGGAGGCAGGAAUUGUUUAUUUCAUUGUUCAUUUCUAGUAAUUAAAUGUAAUCAGCUUUCCCCGAACGGUAACAUAACUCGAGGCUGAUUGUUACUUCCAGUUUAGUAAUUUGUAAUGGAUCGGAAAAGUUAGAGAUCUAAAAUUUAGGUACCUGGAUUGAAGAAUCCGUGGAACAAUGACGGUAACACCGCUGAUUUUGUAGCAGACUACGGACAGAAUUAAAAACUAAGAUCGUGUAUCAACGUACAUACCGUGUACCAAUGUACAAAGUAAGAAACAUCUACGGUCUAUUAACGCGGUAAAUGUAGCUAGCCGUGUGUUUGGAGCCAAGUUAUACGUAGAUUAAUCCGAGGGCAUAUUAUAAAGCUAUAAGUUUCAUCAGUUCCGUUAAUUUAAGUACGAUAUAAACCAAAGAUUGUAAAACAGUGGUAUAAGCGAAGGAUGGAUGGAUGAGUUACAAAUCCUGAUAAACAAACCAAAUACGAGUAUAUCAGCUGAAAAGCGCUGUAGGUCUAAAGGAAUAAUGAGGAUCGAACUUUCCCCUACUACAGUCACUGCUAAGAUAUUCUGCAAAAUUUUGUGGAAGGACCGGAUAUAUUAUAUCGAUGCUCGGUGACAUCGACUUGUGAGCUGGAAAAAAAUCAUGCACCGCGGUAUACAUUGAGUCGAAUGGACAAUCGAGCAAACGUAUUUGUUUAAUAAACGGAAGUCACUUUCGCAUUUUUGUCAGAAUGCUGUUGGAUUCAGUGUCAUUGAUCUCACUCAUGCUACUUACACGCGUAUCCAAAGCAUCCUC